AUGGUAGCCGGGAAACGAAAUCAAAUCGGUCACGUCCCAAUGAAAGGUAAUCUCUGGAGAGCGAAACAGCGCUCCGAGAUUAGUCCCAAUGUUAGCGUCGAAUUUGCAAGGUUCGCCAAACAUUGUAAGACGACCACAUCGGAGGACACCGGCAUCACCUACCACUAUUCACCUAAUGGAACCGUUUAUCCUCUGGCCGAGAACUUCACAUUAUACUUUGCUUGCGAUGAUACUUGUUGCGCUAUGGAAUGUUGUCAACGGGACAUAGAAAUGACAAUCAUCCGUGAUCUACUCCCAUUCGUCAAAUAUUGCUUGCUCUGGAUAAAUCGUAUCGGUUAA